AUGCAUGAUACCAACGCACUUCGUCAAGCGGAUUCUGAUCUAGCAGCUCUCGUUCGCCGUGUCCAGGAACAAGCUGCCACACUUACAGAUCAGGCCCAGCGGGACAUUGACCAACUUCAAACCGAGAAUGCUAACCUCAAACGUGAGGUCAAAUUGCUGAAGGAGCUGACAACGGACUCUAAGCCUCUCAUCAAACAAGAACUAUCAGAAGCAGCACCAAUCGUCGCCCAGGUAAUCAAGGAGAAAGAUGCCGAUAUCAAAGAGCUGGUCACUGCACUAGAAGAAGAAAAGGCGCUGGUGUGCAGUCUCCGUGUUCAGGUCGACUGCCAGAAGGGGGCUACACAGGGCGUUAAGCAGCAGGCUGUCAGCGCUCGUGCGAAGCUUGGGAGCACGGAGAAGAAACUAGCCGCAUCCCAGAAGAAGACUGCCAAGCUGGAGCGCGAGAUUAAGAAGCUGCAGAAGAACCAGAAUGCGGCAGCUCCGUCUGGCCUAUGUCAAGGUAUCUCAGCCGUUAAGAAGUCCUCGGCCCACGCAGGCAUUGUCAGCCUGAAGAGAGUCGCAGCGGACGAGGACGAUGAAGACGACGUCCCAAUUGCGCAGUUGAGGAAUCCGAAGCAGAGGAUGGAUCUCGACGACAUUCCAUUGAGGUUGCGGAGCAUAGCUAUGAAGGUGGAAGUGGCCUUCGGGGGUCCUGGCACGAAGUCAACGCCCAUUGAGCUCGAUUGA